GUGACUGCAAGUAGAAGAAGGAAUACUUCUGGUGCCCUUGCUUUGUCCCGUUAGACUUCUUAUCUCUGCAAUAUAUAUACCGCACGUAUUUUACUUAACUCAGUUCUUUACACGCAUUGGUACUUUAAUGUGACGAUUGAUCUGUGAUUUUGAAAAUUAUAAAACAAAUUGAAAUUUUUUUUAUAUUGCAAAAAGUACAUUUAGAAAAAUGCUGCUCAUCGGCAUGAUCUGCGCUAUAGUUGCAAGUGGCUUUAUGUAUCAUAAUUUACGAAGAAAUUGGCCCAUCUUUGUCCUAGAUAUGAAAUAUAAUUUAUUAGCUAUUAAAGAAGUCCUAAAUGAUUUAAGGAGUUCCAAGAAAAAUAAAAAUAAUUGUUUACCUCAACCAGGAAGAAUUGCAAUUGUAACAGGGGGCUCCAGGGGAAUUGGGGUUGAAGUAGUAAAAAUGCUUUUAGAACUUGACAUGGAAGUAAUAAUUGCUUGUAGGAUACCUUCUGCAGGUGAAAAAACUAUUCUUCAAAUUAGAGAAUCUGGUGUUAAAACUGGACAAGCAAAAGUAUAUACACUUGAUAAUACAUCUUUAGAAUCUGUAAAACAAUUUGCUACGAAAAUAAAAAGAGAUUAUAAACAAAUUCAUAUUUUAAUUAAUAAUGCUGGAAUCAUGUUUCAUCCUUAUUCUGAAACAGUAGAUGGUUUUGAAGAACAUUGGUCUGUAAAUUAUCUAUCACAUUUUUUAUUAACAGCACUAUUACUACCACUAUUAAAAGCUGGUGGACAGCCUAAUCAAGUUAGUAGAAUUGUUAAUGUAACUUCCUGUGCUCAUCUUUUGGGUAAAAUUAAUUUCCAUGAUGUUAAUAACAAAAACAAAUUUCUUUCUAAAUGCGCAUACGCACAGAGCAAAUUAGCACAAGAAAUAUUUACAAAAGGACUGCAUCAUCUUUUAAAAGAAAGGCAGCAUCAUGUUCAAGUUUAUUCUGUACAUCCUGGAGUAGUAUUUACAGAACUUUUUAUGAAUUCUUUUAUUUGGAAAUAUAGAUUACUUUAUAAACUUAUUCUUAAGACUCCUAGACAAGGAGCUAUUUCAAUUGUAUAUGCAGCUGUAAAUAAAGCAAUUGAAAAUCAUGGUGGUAUGUACAUUAAUAAUUGUUGUCCAGGUGAAGUCCAUCCAGAUGCUUUGAAUUCAUCUAUUCAAGAAAAAUUAUUUGAAUUAUCUUUACAGCAAAUACAACUAAAAGACUUUUUCCAGUAUGUAUAAUAAAAAUAUAAAUUAUAAAUGUUUUCACUUACUUUGUACUUAACAUAAUCACAUAACGGAAUUAUAUAAAGUGAACUAAAAAAUAAAAAUACAAUUACUAUCUAUGAAAAUACUAUAUUGCAAAUGCGACAUUAGUAUAUGUUAUUUGUAUAUAUUCAAAAUCUUUUAGAUAUAUUUUUAAUUUAUUUAUUUAUGUAGAAUAUCAUUAAGCGAAUUUUUAAAACUUUUCAAAAUUACAGCAAAUUUAAAAUCAAUUUAAAAUGUAUAUAUACAAAGCAUAUCUUUUAUAAUAGUAUUCAUUUUGGCAACCAAUUGAAAUACAUUUUAAUUUACAUUGCGUAUAUAUUAGAUAUAAAAUAAUAAUAUUGUAAAUUGUAAUACUACGAGAUGAAAUAAAAUUAUUUAUGACUUGUUACAUCUUUUAAAUCUAGAAUUGCUUUGUCACAAUCAUUUGCAAUGUAUUAACUCUAUAUUUCAUACUAUGUUUUGAAUAAUAUGUAGGCUUAAUAUCUUUUUUAUAAGAUAUUUUCUUGCAAUGUUUUAUAAUUAUUUUUUAUCUGUACACAAACUGAUAUGUUUUUAUCAAUUAUUAAACUAAUUUUUAUUAUAAAUUUUUGUGCAUGUUUUAUGUUAUUUAAAACUUAUAUUAUCAAUAAAUGUUAUUGUACAAUGGUUAUAAUUAGAUUUGAAGUUUUUACGAUAAGGUAAUUUGAAGCUUUUAUGUUUACUAUUACGGUGCUAAAACAGCAUAAUUAUAUAAAAUUUUUAUGUAAUACAACAUACAAUGUCAUCAUAUAUUUGAAAUAAAUUAAAUACAAUAUAACUUUUUCUAUUAACAAAA